CACGUGCUCGCUAGCCGGGCCAGUACUGCUCCUCUCCGGAGACUUUGUCACGUGAAGAGAAGACUUUCCCCCCCUCCACGUGAUCCAUGAGCCAAUAGGACGGGCUAAGAGGCGGGGCCGAGGCCGGGCUCGGCCAAUAGGAAGACGGCCGGGGGAGGGGAGGUGGGUUGCCCCAGAAGCCGGCAUGUUGUACUGAUUACCCCCUGGCAGAGGACCCAGUGCAGCACCGAAGACACAGACUCUCCCCACCACAGGGCUGGAUUAUCUCGGGGUUCAUGGUGCUCUGACUGGGGUUGGGGUUUGACACCCCCCCCAAGAGUGGGGAGAGCCCAGCUGCAUUACUCUGUGGCCAUGAGGUGCCUUGUUACCGGGGGCAAUGUCAAAGUCAUAGGGAAGGCUGUGCACUCUCUGUCCCGCAUCGGAGACGAGCUCUACGUAGAGCCCACAGAGGAUGGGCUCUCCCUGCGUGCUGUGAACUCUUCCCGCUCAGCCUAUGCCUGCUUCCUGUUCGCCCCGCUCUUCUUCCAGCUUUACGAGGAGGGGAGCCUGGACCCUGAUGGGGAGACCUUCCGCUGCAAGGUCCUCAUGAAGUCCUUCCUGGGUGUGUUCCGCUCGCUGCCCUCCCUGGAGAAGAUGGUGGAGAAGUGUCUGAUUUCCCUGAACCCCCGGGCCAGCCGGCUGGUCGUGCAGCUGCACUGCAAGUACGGAGUCACCAAGACCCACAACUUGUCAUUCCAAGAGUGCGAGUUGCUGCAGGCUGUUUUUGACAAGGAGCUGUGUGCCAACACGCUGCGCGCCCCUGCCCGGGUGCUGGUGGACGCUGUGGUCCAUUUCCCGGUGACGCUGGCUGAGGUGACGCUGGGGGUCAGCCCUGCCGGGAAGGUGAGCUUCCGCAAUUACCUGGAUGAGGAGACAGAACCCAGCAGGACAAUGGUGACCGAGCUGUGCCUCUCCGAGGACGAGUUCCAGGAGGUCCAGGUGCAGCAGCAGUCUCAUGUCACCUUCUGCCUCAAGGAGUUCAGAGGUCUCCUGAGCUUCGCCGAGUCCUCCAACCUGCCCCUCAACAUCCACUUCGAUUCCCCCGGCAGGCCAGCCAUCUUCACUCUGUCGGACCCCCUGCUGGAAGUGCACCUGGUCCUAGCCACCUUGUCAGACCCCAACAGCAGCUCACAAGUCCACUCCACAACCUUGCAGGCCCGUCCAGCCAAUGGUGGCUUUCCCACGGCUACCCCUGAUGACGACUUCACAGGUGAUGACAUUGAUUCCUACAUGAUUGCUUUGGAGACCACAUGUGAAGAGGGGCCAGGGCUGCCCUCCAGCCCCACCUUUCCCCAGAGACGCCCCCAUCCAGGCGCUGCCCUGGAGUCAGAGAGCAGUGCCAUGGAGAGUGACCUGGAGGGGGCUGUGCCAGGGACCCCCCCACAGAAAAAGUUCCGCUCCUUGUUCUUUGGGUCGGUGCUGACCCCGUCUCAGGCUGGGACCCAUCCAGGGCCCAGCCAGGAUGUGCUGGCUGAGGACAGCGAGGGAGAGUCCUGAGAGGUCACCUUCUGCAGCCCAGCUCCAAGCCCCCUCCCCCCCAAAAAGUCCCCAAGAGCCUGCGUGGAGAAGCUGGACUUUACAACUUCAUCACCUCUGCUGGAGCACGGCAGGAAGACUAGGCGGGGCUGCUGCUUCUGAGCCACUGUGAAUAGACAUGGCCCUGUAAAUAAAGCUUUUAUAAUAAGUCUGCCGCCUGUAGAGCUGCUGCUGGGGCUGGAGAAGCUCAGCUCCCCCCUCUCCAUGGGCAGAACACCCCCAGCGGGUGGGGGGUGGGGUGCUGCAGGCAGGAUCCUUUCCCUCCUGCACCUUGCAGAGGCAGGGCCAGGAGUAGGAGGCAGGCUAUUCCAGCCCCCAACUGCCUCUUACUGUAGCCAAGCUCCCUGCUGCUUGCCUAGGUCCUACUUGCAGGGCUGGUGGGUUUGAGGCUGGGGCAGGGGGUGUAUCUAUCUCCCCCAGCUUGCCCUGUGGGGAUUGUCCUUGCUCAGGGUGAAUUCCUGGGAGCUGCUGGAGCUGGCUGUGAGGGGGCUGGCUAUGGAGCUGGGCUAGCAAUGGCUGCAGGCUGAGGCACACAGGAACCCUCUUACUGCC